AUGGUGGAAGAAUAUGAAAGAGAAUUCAUUCAAAAAGUACAAUCAAAUACUCACGAAGUAACUGAAUAUGACGUUCGAAUGUCAUUCAAAGAGCUACAGAAACUGAACAACGAAGUUCAACCGAAAUUAGCCAUUCCCGAUCUCGGUAGGCGAACUGGUAAUCAUCAAUUAGGUGGCGUUCAAGCGAUGGGAACCGAUGAAACGCAAAUUUGUAUCGAUCAAAUACACGAGGAGUUCAAAGGAUCAAAAACAGAUCACGUCAUGCUACUGGGUGAAACCGGGGCUGGUAAAACAAUUUCAGCCAUGAAAUACGCAAGAUUAGUCUCGGAAGGAAAGAUCAGAUGUCUCAGGAAGACGAAAAUGACUCUUUUUGUUUCAGUACCCGAUCUUCAGUACGAAACCAAAUCCAAUGUGUUCGAUCUUCUUUUCACGCAACAAAUAGGCAUUCCAGAUGGGUUGAAGGAGGCUGGUGCGCGAUGGGUAGAAGAAAAUGCUGAGAAUAUUGUCCUAGUUUUAGAUGGACUAGAUCAAGCCGCUGAAUCGUUUGGAGGGCGCUAUCCAAAAAUUGCUGACCCCAAGUUCAAAGGAAAAACAAACACUAUAUUGGCAAAUGUUUUAUCCGGCUCCCUAUAUCCAGGCAUGAAAAUCUUAUCCACUGCUCGCUGGCAAACCUACUGGGACUUGGAUCCAAAUCAAAAACCUUCAAAGGUCGUAGUCCUGAAAGGAUUUAAUGACGACGAUAUUACAGAAGUACUGUCAGAUCUAGUUGUUUCUAAUGCGCUAGAACAAGCAAUACAAUACGAGCUUAUCGAAAUUCCGAGUGUUAUUUCUCUUUGCAAGAACCCAAUGUUUCUCAUGUAUAUGGCUGUACAUUUACAAUUCAUUGAUCAAAAUGAAGCAGAGACUCCAGAUACUGCGUCGGGCGUAAUGGUUUCCGUUCUUAAUUAUUUCACAAAGUUAAACUAUUCCAAAUCAGACAUGAGGAAUUUAAUGAAACUUGCAUUCAAUGGCAUAAAAGGGAAUAUCUUCUCGUUUCCUAUAGCUGAUGUAGAAAAUCUGGGAUUAAAUAUAUCAGAUCUCGGAAUACUUGUGUCAACAAGGAGUAAUCAGGAAUCAAAUAUGCAUGUCAAAUUCCUACACCAAUCUAUACAAGAACUGCUUGCUGCUUUCCAUCUCCUCAAUUUUGAAGAAAACGAAUUUGAUAUUUUUAUUUCGACUGAGCUUAACGAUCAUCAAUGGGGAAGUACUCGAAAAUUUUUGUAUGGGAUCGUCUUGAACCCGAUGACGAAUAAAUUCAGUGAAAGAUAUGUACCUGACGACGGAAUUAAAAGACAAAAAUCAUCUCUCGAAUCACAAAUAAGAAAUUUUCUUCGCAGUGGAACGGUCUCAGACAUCAAUAUUGUGUCUAUCUUACACGAAUGUGGACCAGACGUCAUAUCUCAAUUUAAAAAUUUGAUAAAACGAUUUGAGAUUUCACAGGAUACUUGGAUGGUGAACCCAAUGAGCGCAAUGGAAAAUUACGCGCUGGCGUUUGUUUCAAAUAAAAGCUUGCCAUUAGAAUACUUCAAAGCUGACUCGAUAACGUUAGACUCAAAUAUCUUGCAACUUAUGUACGAAUCAUCCAAAUUUGUCGAUGGCAUGAAGAUGAAACACGUUGGUAUUGGAAAAGAAGUUAGGUUGAAGGACUACAAGAAACUUGAGCAUUUGCUCGACGUGAUGGAAAUUGAAAUGUGCGUUUACUUGCGAUGCGAUGAAUUGUUGGCUCAGAAACUAUUAACGUCACCAGACAUGGUGUUAAAGGGGUCAUUAAAUAAGCUUGUGCUGCAAGAAGACUACUCUGCAAAAAUCAUUCGUAGUCUAGGAAAACAAAAGAAAUAUGCCUAUCUUGGAUUUGCAUCGUCUAAUCUCACUGCCGAAAAAUUGGAAAUUCUAAAGGAAGCUUUCGGUCAAGAAGUCGAGGUGCAGGGGUUCUUACUUGGACGAGAGGAUAAGCUGGGGACUGGAUUUUAUAAACUCGCAGAAAUGUUAUCAAAUGCAAAAACAAAAGAUCUGGCAAUUAGUGCAUGUAACCUUACUAAUGGCAAUAUUGAUUCAUUUGCAAUUGGAGCAGCUGACUUUCAAUUGCAACUUAACAACCUCGAAAUUCAACGUGAAAAAGUCAUGGAUCCAGACGCCUAUAGUAAUCUCGCAAAUGCGGUUGCUAAUUCAAAUGUGAGCUUGCUCGCUGUGAUCGAUUGUGAUAUUACCGAAGAAAAAUUACAAUCGUUUAAUAAAACUGCGAGAAAUCGAGACAUUUUCCUCAGCAAGUUGAUGAUUUGCGAAGAAAAAUUAAUGGAGCGUAAUGAGUUUUAUAAAUUUGCCCAAAUUGCUUCGGUUACUAAACCUGAGAUUUUGGCGUUCAACAACUGCAAUCUGACAAACGCAAAACUCGAAUCCUUCGUACAAGCCGCUUCCGACCAUCCAGUGAAGCUCAAUGCAUUGCAUAUUGCACUAGAAAAUUCGAUGAACGCAUCAGCUUUCGAAACACUUGCUGAAGUCACGUCAAUCACCGAGACUAAGUUGUUGGUAUUUGCCAACAACAAUAUCACAAGGGAUAAAUUAGAUGCAUUCAUUAUAGGAGCAUCAGAGAAACAAAUACGGCUGGAUCAGUUGGUGAUACAAGAAGAAACGUCGAUGGAUUCUGAGGACUUCUGUAAAAUUGCCCAAGUUGCAUCAGUUACAAAACCAAAGACAUUACGUUUCAAAAACUGCAAUUUAACAACCAAUAAACUCGAAUCAUUUGGAAAAGGAGCCAUAGACAAUAAAUUGUCGCUUAACGGGUUGCACCUAAUGGACGAAAAUUCGAUGAAACCUGCAGCAUUUCGUAUGUUUGCUCAAAUCGCAUCAACCACGCAUACUGAAAGUAUACACUUCAACAACUGCAUUCUAACGACGAAUAAACUUCAUUCAUUUUCUCAAGGGGCUUUGGAUCACCACCUGAAGCUCAAACAAUUUGUGGUUCAAGAUGAGUCGAUGAACCCUUCAGCGUUUCGUGAAUUAGCUCAAGUUGCUUCGGUUACUAAUCCAGAAGUCUUAGCUUUCAAUAGCUGUGAUUUGACAAGAGAUAAACUUGAAUCAUUUUCAAGUGAAGCAUCUGAAUUUGAGUUGAAGCUCAACCAAUUGUUAAUUCUUGAUGAUACAUCGAUGAACUCUCCUGCGUUCCAUACAUUAGCUCAACUUGCAGCUGUUACUGAUCCCAAGGUCUUAGCUUUCGACAACUGCGAUCUGAGUAAGGAUAAACUGCAGUCAUUUGAACAGGGAGCUGUGGAGCAUGAUUUAAAGCUCAACAAGUUGAGCCUAAGCGAAAUUGAAUUUGUCGAUUUCCAUGAACUUGCUAAAGUUUUCAAAGUCAUUACGGCAUUACGGUUCCAAAACUGCAAUUUAACGAACGAUCAACUCCACUCUCUUUCACAGGGAGCUAUAGAACAUAACUUAAAGCUCAAGCAUUUAAUAAUUGAAGAUGAGAAAUCAAUGAAACCUGCAGCAUUCAGAAAACUAGCUCAAGUUGUAUCAACUAUUAAUACUGAGGUUCUAGUUUUUAGCAACAACGAUUUAACAAAAGACAAACUCGAUGCUUUCGCUAGAGGAGCCGUUGAUAAUCGUUUAAAACUCCAUCAACUAAUCAUUCAAAGAGAAAAGACAUCGGCGUUCAGCAAAUUAGCUCAAGUUGCGUCGGUGACCAGGCCCAAUGUCUUGUCUUUUGACAACUGCGAUGUAACGUAUGAAAAACUGGAUUCAUUCGUAAGGGGGGCUUCAGAUCAUGCGUUGAAGCUCGAUGGAUUGAAUCUUAUUGAAGAAAAAUCAAUGAAACCUGCAGCCUUCCAAAAACUCGCUCAAGUUGCAUCAGCUACAAAUACUGAGAUCAUUUUCUUCAGCAACAACGAUUUAACAAAUGACAAACUCGAUGCUUUUGCUCAAGGAGCUGCUGAUAACCGAUUGAGACUGCAUCAACUAAUCAUUCACAAAGAAAAUACAUCGGCGUUCAGCAAAUUAGCCCAAGUUUCCUCAGUAACUAGACCCGAUGUAUUGUCUGUUGACAACUGUGAUGUAACCUAUGAUAAACUCGAUUUAUUCGCAAAGGGAGCUUUAGAUUAUACUUUGAAGCUCAAUAGAUUUAAUGUCAUUGAAGAAAAGUCAAUGAAACCUGCAGCAUUCCGAAAACUCGCCCAAGUUGCAUCAACUACGAAUACUGAAAUCCUAAUUUUCACCAACAACGAUUUAACAAGUGACAAACUCGAUGCUUUCGCUAGAGGAGCUGCUGAGAAUCGUUUGAAACUGCAUCAACUAAUCAUUCAAAGAGAAAAUACAUCGGCGUUCAGCAAGUUAGCUCAUGUCGCGUCAGUAUCCAGGCCUGAUGUCUUAUCUUUUGACAACUGCGAUGUAACCUGUGAUAAACUUGACUCCUUUUUAAAGGGGGCUUCAGAUCAUGCUUUGAAGCUCAAUGGAUUGAAUGUUAUUGAAGAAAAAUCAAUGAAACCUGCAGCAUUCCGAAAACUCGCUCAAGUUGCAUCAACUACGAAUACUGAGAUCCUAAUCUUUACCAACAAUGAUUUAACAAAUGACAAACUCGAUGCUUUUGCUGAUGGAGCUGCUGAGAAUCGCUUGGAACUUCAUCAACUAAUCAUUAAAGGAGAAAAGACAUCGGCGUUCAGCAAAUUAGCUCAAGUUGCGUCGGUGACCACGCCCAAUGUCUUAUCUUUUGACAACUGCGAUGUAACGUAUGAAAAACUUGAUUCAUUCGCAAAGUGGGCUUCAGAUCAUGCGUUGAAGCUCGAUGGAUUGAAUCUUAGUGACGAAAAAUCAAUGAAACCUGCAGCAUUCCAAAAACUCGCUCAGGUUGCAUCAGCUACAAAUACUGAGAUCAUAAUCUUCAGCAACAAUGAUUUAACAAAUGACAAACUCGAUGCUUUUGCUCAAGGAGCUGCUGAUAAGCGAUUGAGACUCAAUAGACUUGAUGUCAUUGAAGAGAAGUCAAUGAAACCUGCAGCAUUCCAAAAACUUGCCCAAGUUGCAUCAACUACAAAUGCUGAAAUCCUAAUUUUCACCAACAACGAUUUAACAAGUGACAAACUCGAUGCUUUCGCUAGAGGAGCUGCUGAGAAUCAUUUGAAACUGCAUCAACUAAUCAUUCAAAGAGAAAAUACAUCGGCGUUCAGCAAGUUAGCUCAUGUCGCGUCAGUAUCCAGGCCUGAUGUCUUAUCUUUUGACAACUGCGAUGUAACCUGUGAUAAACUUGAUUCCUUUUUAAAGGGGGCUUCAGAUCAUACUUUGAAGCUCAAUGGAUUGAAUGUUAUUGAAGCAAAAUUAAUGAAACCUGCAGCAUUCCGAAAACUUGCUCAAGUUGCAUCAACUACGAAUACUGAGAUCCUAAUCUUUACCAACAAUGAUUUAACAAAUGACAAACUCGAUGCUUUUGCUGAAGGAGCUGCUGAGAAUCGCUUGGAACUUCAUCAACUAAUCGUUAAAAGAGAAAAGACAUCGUCGCUCAGAAAAUUAGCUCAGGUUGCCUCAGUAACCAGGCCCAACGUCUUAUCCUUUGACAACUGCGAUGUAACGUAUGAAAAGCUUGAUUUAUUCGCAGAGGGGGCUUCAGAUCAUGCGUUAAAGCUCAAUAGAUUGAAUGUCAUUGAAGAAAAAUCAAUGAAACCUGCAGCAUUUCGAAAACUCGCUCAAGUUGCAUCAACUACAAAUACUGAGAUCCUAACCUUCAGCAACAAUGAUUUAACAAAUGACAAACUCGAUGCUUUUGCUGAAGGAGCUGCUGAGAAUCGCUUGGAACUUCAUCAACUAAUCGUUAAAAGAGAAAAGACAUCGUCGCUCAGAAAAUUAGCUCAGGUUGCCUCAGUAACCAGGCCCAACGUCUUAUCCUUUGACAACUGCGAUGUAACGUAUGAAAAGCUUGAUUUAUUCGCAGAGGGGGCUUCAGAUCAUGCGUUAAAGCUCAAUAGAUUGAAUGUCAUUGAAGAAAAAUCAAUGAAACCUGCAGCAUUUCGAAAACUCGCUCAAGUUGCAUCAACUACAAAUACUGAGAUCCUAACCUUCAGCAACAAUGAUUUAACAAAUGACAAACUCGAUGCUUUCGCUGAAGGAGCUGCUGCUGAUAAUCGUUUGAAACUACAACAACUAAUCAUUCAAAGAGAAAAUACAUCGGCGUUCAGUAAAUUAGCUCAAGUUGCAUCAGUAACCCAACCCGAUGUCUUGUGUUUUGACAAUUGCGAUCUGACGUAUGAUAAACUUGAUUCAUUUGCGAAGGGAGCUUCAGAUCAUGCGUUGAAGCUGAAUGGAUUGAAUCUUGAGAAUGAAAAAUCGAUGAAACCUGCAGCAUUUCGAAAACUCGCUCAAGUUACAUCAACUACAAAUACUGGGAUCCUUAUCUUCAGCAACAACGAUUUAACACAUGACAAACUCGAUGCUUUCACUGAAGAAGCUGCUGAUAAUCGUUUUAAACUCCAGCAACUAAUCAUUCAAAGAGAAAAGACAUCGGCGUUCAGCAAAUUAGCACAAGUUGCGUCAGUAACCAGACCUGAUGUCUUAUCUUUUGACAACUGCGAUAUAACCUGUGAUAAACUUGAUUCAUUCGCAAAGGGAGCUUUGGAUCAUACAUUGAAGCUUAACGCGGUUGUUCUCCAAAAUGAAAUGUCGAUGAAACCUCCAUGCUUCGGUAAAUUUGCUCAAGCAGCAUCAAUUACUAAUUUGGAUGUUUUAAUAUUAGUCAACUGCAAUUUAACAAGUGAUAAACUGGAUUUCUUUGUCAAAGGAGCUUUUGAUCAUCGACUAAAACUCACCAUGUUUCAACUGGGUGAAGACAAAUUUAUGGAUUCUUCCGCAUUUAAUAAGCUUGCCGAAGUGGCGUCAGUAACCAGGCCAAAGAUAUUUUCGUUUAUGAGUGGUAGGAUAACAAAUGACCAACUUAAAGCUUUUUCUCAUGGAGCCGCAGAGAAGGAGCUAAAGCUCGACACGUUGCAAUUUCGAGAAGUUACAACUAUGGAGCCCUCAGCUUUUUGUGAACUUGCUCGAGUCGCGUCUAUCACCGAACCUGAUUGCUUGGAAUUUAUCGAGUGCAAUUUGACAAGUGAAAAACUCGAAUCGUUUGCACAAGGAGCAUCAAACAUCGAUUUAAAGCUCAAAGUGUUAGCACUUAACAAUGAUAAAUCAAUGGAACCUUCAGUAUUCGGAAAGUUGGCCUAUGUUGCAUCAAUCACCAGACCGGAUUGCUUGGCGAUUUGCAUUUGCAGUCUAAAAUGUGAAAAACUCGAUUGGUUUGCAAAAGGAGCUUCAGAAAGUGAAUUGAAGUUGCCAAUACUUAUGCUCAAGGAACAUUUCAAGCCAUCUCAAGAUAUGAUUAGAAGUGUUUGUGGGUUGUUUCACGCAGUGAAGCAAAAGCUUAUCCUGUCAGGUUGGGAUAUUGAUCAAUCGGCCUUAGAUGUUCUACAAACAAACAAACUUCAAUUUAGCGAGCUCGAUAUUGUGACCGACAAACGGGCGUAGUCAAGGAACAUUUAUAUUCAUCAUUAUUAACUGUGAGCGAUAAUUGAGCUUGCCCGUUGUGGUUGAAAAGCGACGCUUUCCUGAACAAAGUAUAUUUUGUCUUGUGCAUUUCAAAUAUAUAUAUUCACUAUAUUUUAUUCGAUUAUGACGUGAUAUAUGAUAAAGUUAUCAUGAA